UAAACAGACUGGCAACCAGACUAGGGGAAGGGGACCAUGGGAGUGGGAAAUGAGAGAGGAAGGAAGUGUGUGUGUUGACUUGAGAUGUCCUCAUUAUAGGUUUUAGCUCAGGCUUUUUGUCGGAGCCCAGAGUAGAUCGAUGACGCUCUAAUCUAAAGUCUAUAUGAUGUGAUUGAUUACUUAUAAUUUGAUUUGAUUACUUAAUAUUCCCAGACGCGACUCAGAGAGAGCAGCAUCUACUGUGUUACUUGUGUGUUAGCUAUACUCAGUACACGCAAGCAUGCACACACACGCGCACAACUGUUGAAUGAGAUAGAUCGAUAAAUAGAGGAACAUCCUUAUAAUGUAAUCCCAGAUUCCCAUGUAUUUGCAUAUUCUCCAUGUUUGAAAUGUUAAUUACACCUAUAGGCUAUAUUUUCGUUUGUGUGUGUGUGUGUGCUGGGGCUAUGGCUGAGACUCACUGACAUGCAGUAUUUGUUAGUAGCCUCCUCUCAAACCCUGUUAAUAAGCUUUACUCUCUGAAUGCCUGUUGGGCUCAACUGUCCUGGUUUCUGUCUCAAAACAUCUAUAUUUUUCUCUCUCUCUCUCUCUGGACUCACUUAUUUACUUAAAUCUGUUGGAAAUGUCAUGCCAAUGUCACGCUAACUGUCUGUGUGUGUGUAGGUGAAUACAGUGGAGGGUCUCUCUGUGCCCUGGGUGCUGGCCCCACCCAGUCUGCUCAAGCAGCCAGUCAGUUUGCUUGACCUCUGCUACUGCCGAAUGGACAGCAUCAACCUGCAGUAUGUGAGUAGUGUGGAGUGCGGUCUCAGCCAGCUGUUUAGACACCUGCAGGGACUCAAACACACACUCACACACAUCCUGGGCCCUAGCAACCACCCUGGAUACCACCCCAGCAACAACCCCUGCCCCGAGACGGCACCCCGUGUGAUGUACGAGUGCCUCCUGUCUCUGUCCUCUCGAUACAUACGAGCGUCUUCGGUGUCAGACGUCUGUGUGUCUGUCUGCUCUGGAGUCCUGCUGCACAGACCUACUGCCACUCAGCCUCAUAGGACCAUACACACCCCAGGUGCAGCGUGAGCAACAGAAUGUGUGUAUGGAGUUUGAGGUGAAGGAUAUUCUGUCCCUGCUCCCUUCUAUGUCCCGCGGAGCCCAACAGAGAGCUACACGGGCUGCACAAUCCCUCACACACACACACACACACACAACCAUGCGUUGUGUAUGGCACGGCUCCAGUUAGAGGCUGGGGAGGCGGAGCUUCAGUUCCAAAGGCGGCUGUCCUCAUUGCAGGCGAACCAAUCACAGCAGCUCCACCAGGGUCUAAGACACGCCUAUAGCCAGUUCCAGAACGAGAUCCAACAGAGUGUGUGUGAUCCACUACGAGAUAUCCUAUCUGGUUAUGAUGCAUUGGUUAUCUCUGCAUCGGAGGCGGCCCUUGGUGACUUACUGUCAGCAUUUGAGAGGAACCAAUCAGAACUGAGAGAGGCUCUUCAGGCUCUCACACCGUCACAGGAAGAAGGUCAGUGCCAGGUGGCCACCCCUCAGUGUCGUAUCCAGAAGUGCACCACAGACUUUGUGUCCCUGACGUCUCACCUGACCCCAGCGCUGGAUGGCUUUGACGUAGAAUUCUGUAAGGCUCUGAGGGCCUACAGUGCCUGCACACAGAGGACAGCCAAGUCCUGCAGGGGCAACCUGGUCUUCCACUCUGCUGUCCUGGGUAUCUCAGACCUCAUGACCCAAAGAAACUGCUCCCGUGACGGGCCCACCUCCUCCACACACCCCGAGAUACAAUCAGAGCCCUGCAACUACCACAGCCGCACCCAGCACGCUCACACACACCCUCACACUCACACACACCCUCACACUCACACACACACUCACACGCAGCCGGGCUACCUGUUCUGCGGGCUGUUUGGGGACCCACACCUGCGGACGUUUGAGGACAGCUUCCAGACCUGCAAGGUGGAGGGGGCGUGGCCGCUCAUUGAUAAUGACUACUUGUCCGUGCAGGUGACCAACGUUCCAGUGGUAACUGGAUCCAGCGCCACGGCGACCAAUAAGAUCACCAUCAUAUUCAAGCCCUUUGAGGAGUGUACAGACCAGCGUGUGUACCAGGCAGUAACAGAUGACCUGCCCGCUGCCUUUGUAGACGGUACCGUGAGCAGCGGGGCCCCUGACCAUAACCUGAACGGAAAUAACGUUGACUCUACCGGGAAGGUACGAGCGCUGUGGAUCUCGGAGCAUAGCCCUGGUCGCCACGUGGAGCUGCAUGCCGGCUACAUCGGCGUGACGGUUAUCGUACGGCAGCUGGGGCGCUACCUGACCCUGGCGGUGCGCAUCCCGGAGGAGAUGGCCCAUGCCUACGACGCUACGCAGGACCUGCAGCUCUGCCUGAAUGGAUGUCCCACCUCGGAACGCAUCGACCGGGGGGGUCACCUGUCCCUGCCUCUCCCUCUACCACGUCUAGCCCUGGGCUUACAGCUCCAGCAGCCACAAGGCGAGGGCCAGCCCUCACACACACACUCCCACACGGCUCCCUACAGCGCCCCCCAGGGGUUCAGUGUGGAGGAUGCGCGGGCACGCUGCAGGGAGCAGCUUGAAGUGCAGGAUAUUUAUUUCCACUCGUGUGUGUUUGACCUCCUGACCACCGGGGAUGCUAACUUUACGGCAGCAGCGUUCAGCGCCCUGAAGGACAUGGAGAGUCUCCACCCCCACCGCGAGCGCUGGACGAUCUACCCACCCAGCUCAGCCCACACCUCUCAGCCUAUCACAUGGCUCCUACUGCUCACACUCUGUAUAGCGUGUUUUUGUGUGUGUGUGUAAGUGUGCGUGUGUGUGUGAGUGUGUGUGAGUGUGUGUGAGUGUGUGUAUAUGUGUGUGUGUGUGUGUGUGAGUGUGUGUAUGUUGGUAUAGAGCUCCUAGCUGAGCUGUAGGGUAAAGUUCCCUCUUGAUGCAGAUCUAUGUUCAGUUUUGUGUUUUCGCCCUAAUGGUUAUGAUUGGGGAGGGUAACCUAAGCUGAUCCUAGAUCUGUGUCUAGGAGAAACUUCUAACCAGAGCCCCUCUGGAGAUUUACCCUCUUCUUCUUCUUGGUGAAAAGAGAAUAGUUGACUGAACACCGCGAGGCAUAUUACUGCCACAAAGGAGCUGCAAGCCCACAGGUCCAAGCCCACACAGGUGGAAUCUGAACAGAUUUCUUGACACUCCUGUACUCUUCCCCACUCUGCUAUGUGGGACCUAGCAGGCCUCGUGGAGAUUAUGACCUAUCUAUAUGUGAGGAUAACACGUAUAUAAAGGAAGACCUAAACAAACAAACACUCCCAACUUGUGUGUAUAUUGUAGAAACACACUCCAGACUGUAAAUAGUGUGUGAGUGACGUAUCCAGGAACGCUGGAUGGCGUUGAGUUUUGGUUGUUAUUUUGGCGUGAUUUUGAUGUGAUUGUUUUUUUUUAUACCUCAUAGACAGAGGAAGUUGAUUUAACAGAAGCACUUUAUUAAAUUUUUUGCUAAAUCCACACCAGUGUUCCCCUCUCCCCUCUCUACCCCACCCCCUCAACCUUUCCCCCUACAUUACCCUUUUUUAGAGUCUGAGGGGCUGUAUCAAUGACCCCCCUUCUCCAACAGCCCAAGCUGUGGAUUUCAUCUGCCGUUUUCUUCACUCACAGUGCAAAUCUCAAAUGACACCUGAUUUAUGCAAUAUGCUACUUUUCACCAGAGGGACAUAGGGCAGGGUCGAAGGUAGUGUACUAUAUGGGGAAUAGGGAGACAUUUGAGACAGUUAACCAGCUCACUAACACAGUGCGAUGGAACCUCUGUUUUAAAGCCGACAUUCCAAAGGCAGUUGAGUUGAUUUAGCCUCUGUUCUAUAGUAAAUUAAUGUUUUCUGUUGAAUGUAUUCUGUAUGGUACCAUAGUAGCUGUUCAGAACAGUUUCACGCACCAUUACCGUUUAAUGUUUGGUAAUCAAUUACAUUUUACAGUAUAUCUGCAAAUACAGUGUGUAUGUGCUUGUGCCCAAGUUUGCGUGUGUUUUACCUGACUUGUCGUCUGAGGACUGAAAAGUCAGUCACCCUUAGCAACUCUUUAUGAACAUAUUCACUGUUCACUGUUUGUUCACACUGGUGUAAUGACUAUAACAUGCUCUGACUCUGUUUUUUUUUACUUCCCCAAAUUUCAGCUGGCGGUAACAGUUCAAUCCAUUUACCAAACAGCAUUGACUAUCAGCUUUUCUAUGUUGUGCGUUUUCUCUUUCAAUGAGUGUUCAGUUUGCUUUCUGUUGCAACCAAAGUCAAACACAUAUAGUGAUUCAUCAUACAAGUUCUCCAGUUUUCAUAUGUUGGAACAUGAUGAUCACACAUCCCCUCCAAACCCAAACCGUAACACCCCGUAACCCCCACCCUGACCCCUCCCUACCCAUCUCUAACUCUUAGUAAACUUGCUACUGUAGAUUAACUCUAUUUUGCUACUACUGCCAGAGCUGACAGCUGCUCCCCAAUGGGACAUAUGGCUAGACAGUAGUAAACUGUAGACCAGGGGUGCACGCUUUAGUUCCAGCCCAGCACUAACACACCUGAUUCAGCUAACCAAGAUAUUGAUGAUUGGUUUGAUUAGUUAAACCAGGUAAGUUAUAUCUGCGCUGGAACAGAAGCCUGCACACAAUGCGGCCCUACAGGAAUAGUGUUGCCUACCGGCUGUAGAUGGAACACUGGGACUCCCACAGGCCGAGACGAUGUAGCACACUUUCAGAUAAAACUACAAUGCAGUGUCUGAUGGGAUAUACUGUAUAUGCCUAUUGCCCUCAUAUACAAUUACAAAGCGGUGUCUGAUGGGAAAUGUAUGCUCAGUCUGCCUCUGGCAUUGUGAAUUCUUAAAUCGUGUUUGAGUGUCCGUGUGGUGAAGAGUGACUGCUCAAUGUUGAAAUACGUAACUUAUUUAUAAACGUAGUGUCUGUUAGAGGAAGGUACGCUCCAUAUUCUUGCUGUUUCAGAUGUGAUUGUACUGCCACCUAGUGGCGCUCCGUUGCUAUGUCAGUGUUUUACUCUUACGGAGGCACUAAAGAAAACUUGAAAAAAAAAAUGAAAUGUGUGCAAGUGUUUUAUUUAAAUAACAAUAAAUGAAAAAG